UCUGCAGUCUGCACGGGCCUAUAAUCAGCCUGCACGUUCCCCACACACCCUCAGCCUUCCCGCAUACGUCUCACUCACGCGCCAAGCCAAGUAGCCAACGCCCCAAGCCCAAGCCCUGCUUCCACAAACACCCGCACCCACGCGCCGCCCCCAGAUAGAGCGGAGGAUCUGGAACCAGAAGCUGCCCUGGCUCCCCUGUUUAUGCUGGUGCGGCUGUGGCCGUGGCUGCUGUUGGGCUGUUGUCUGCUCGGACGAGGGCGUCCCUCGGGGCUGUCGCGAACGUCCGCAAUGAGGAAUGAGCGGCACUGACAGACAGGGGCACCAUCGGGGCUGUCGGCCGGGAGCAAGGUCGCAUUGCUGGCGAGCCGAACAGCGAAUUCAAUCUCACGGCUGUAUUCGUCAGCUCGUACAUCGCUAAACAAAACAAAAUACCCGUUCACCCUUGUUAAUCCGUAACAGAUAGAGUUGAUGUCAUGCACGCUUCGCUUCCCCGCGCACCGAACUGGCCCGUUGUUCCUUUAGUCCGAUCAUUGUGACUACUACAGUGUAUAGUAUCAGAUAGCACUUGAUUAGCGCGAGGAACUGUGGGCCCCUGCCAGAGACUGUAAUGUUACAGUUCGCACGCGCCAGCGCCGCAGCGAGUGGACAUGGCUUAGGCAGUAGCUAUACUAGUGCUCCAGCAUCAGCACACACGGGGCUUACUCUGCGGCCAUGCGGCAUACCGCUGACCCAGCCUCGCGCCUCUCGGACCGCCGGGGGCCUCCACCCCUCGGCGACCGCCGGCGGUGUGGCCCGCGGCCUGGCGUGCAGCUCCGCAACCAGCGGCCCGGCGGCGGCAGUGCUCAGCGGCUGCGGCCCCCGCCUUGCCGCCGCCGCACCUGCUGCCACAGGGGCUGGCGGCGGUCUGCGGCAGCUACUGCCGCUAGCCGCCUGGGCCCGUCAAGCCGCACCAGCGCCCGCCGCCGUCGCACCUGCAGCAGCCGGGGCGCGCAGCUGUCUCCUGCAGCCGGGGCGACGCGCGCAGCAGCAGGUGCUGGCGGCUGCGGGGAGGUACGGCAGUGGCGGCAUCAUUGACAGGAGCAGUGGCAUGAGCAGCAGCAGCAGCAGCAGCAGCAGCAGCAGCAGCAGCAGCAGCGGACGUGACGACAUCAGCGGCAGCCGCAGUAGCAGUGACGGUGGGGGAAAGGCAGGCAGGGGCAGGGCAGGCGGAGGCCGCUGGAACGGCGGCCGGCGUGGCAGUGGCAGGAGUAGCGGUGGCGGCGGCGGCAGGGCGCGUGACUCCGCGGAUGACAUGACCAUGUGUCGGACCCUGGAGGAGCUGCAAGCAAUCAUUGAUCAGCGGCUGGCGGUGUGGUCAGUGCGGCAAGACGUGAGCACCAUGUCAGCUGCCUUCAACCUGUGUGGCAAGCUGGAGUCAGCACGUGCCGGCGGGCCGGCCGCCACAGCCGCGGCCCGCGCCGGCAUCAUGGCGGCCCUUGCGCCUGCUCUCCUUCCGCUCGUGCCGCGCAUCCGCCAGCCGGCCGGCUGCAGCAUACCACUGUGGGCACUGGCAAAGGCCGGGGCUGCUAGCGACGGGCGUGUGGAGUCACAGCUGGCGCCGGCGCUGCUGCAGCGGCUGGUGGAUCCAGUGUUGCUGAAGACUGCAACUCCUCAGAACCUGGCAAACGCGCUGUAUGCCCUGGGCAAGCUGCGGGAGGACCAGCAGCAGCGGGGCUCGGGCUGGGACCCCACCUCAUCGCCGCAUCUGAUCGCACUGGCGGGCGCUGUUGCCUCGCGGCUGCGUGCGGCGAGGGGGCACGGCUUUGAGCCGCAACAUGUUUCCAACAGCUUGUGGGCGUGCGCCAAGCUGGGGUACCGAGACUCAGACCUUCUGUUGCCGCUGGCGGAGGCGACUGCAGCCCUUGCCCGGGACAUGAAUGCGCAAGGUCUGGUCAACAGCCUGUGGGCCCUAGAGGUCCUUGGCUGCACCGGACCGGCGUUUCGGGCAGUGCUAGAGGCGCUGUGUGGUGUGGCUCUGCGGCAGCUGCGAACACCGAAGGGAGCUGAAUUGUUCAAGCCGCAGGAGUUGUCCAACAUCCUACUGGCGCUGGAGGGGCUGCAGCUGGGAGGCAAGCAGUCUGAGCGGCUGGCGGCUGCAGUAGCAGCAGAGGGCGUGUGGCGGGGCUUCGCAGGCUUUACACCACAGGAUCUCAGCAACUCGGCGUGGGCCCUGGCCAAGAUGGGGUAUGGGGCCGGUGCAACGUCGCAAGCCAUUGAGCAGUGCCCCUGGUACGCGGCCGCGGUGGCAGCAGCUCAGCGGCCCGGGGUCAUGGCCAGCGCGAAGCCGCAGGCUUGGGCCAACCUGCUGUACGCGCUUGCGUUGGUGCGCCACCAGCCGCCGCCCGCGCUGCUUGACGCAGGCGCCGCGGUGGCGAUGCAUCGAGGCAAUGCACAGGAGUGUGCAAACACGCUAUGGGCGCUGGCGGUGCUGCAGCUGCGGCAUGCCGGCUUGGAGGCGGCGGUGUGCGGCCGGCUGGGCGAGCUGCUGCGGCAAGGCCCGGAGUCGCUUAUUGCACAGGAGCUUUGCAAUAGCUUGUGGGCGCUGGCGGUGCUGGCAGGCGGCGGCGGCCCUGCUAGCCCGGCUGCAGCCACGCUGGCCUCGGCGCUUGCUCGUGAGGCCGCGCGGCGUCGUGAGGAGUUUCAGACCGAGGCGCUAAGUCAGCUCUGGCAGGCGCGACAGGAGUUGGGCGGUGAGGUGGCGGAGGCUCUUGCCCGCAGCCCCGACCUGAAUGCCGCGAUGGAGACGGCGGUAGCUGCCGAAUGGGCGACUGAGUCAAACACCAGCAGACUGCAGGAGCAGGUGGCGGAGGCGCUUCAGCGACUGCUGCAGAAGGGUCGCCUGCCCAUCGUUUCGGUGCGGACGGAGGUGGUGGUGGAGGGCGUGCUGGGACGUGCGGAUAUGGUGGCGGACUGGAGCGAUGGGCGCAGAGUGGCCGUUGAGGUGGACGGGCCGGACCACUUCCUCACCAACCGCAAGGACGACCCAUCCGCGGUAGACGGUUCCACGGCGCUGCGCAACCGGCAGCUGCGGCGGGCGUUCGGCGAGGGACGCCUGUUGUAUGUGCCGUACUGGGAGUGGGACAUUCGGAAGACGCCUACCGCUAAGGAGGCCUACCUGCUGCAGCGGCUGCAGGAUCUGCUAUCGGGCGCUUCGUCAGAUACAGCGGCAGGGAAAGGCAACGCCGCCGCCCCUCGCCGCCAGCAGCAGCGGACGACUCAGCCGCAGCCAGACACUGCCGGCACCACCACCACCGCCAGCACCACCGCCAGCAGCAGCCAGAAACGACGCAUCCUCGUUGUCCGCAGAAAGGCUCCAAAGCAGGACCUGCAGCACGACGCCACCUGCGACGCACCGUCAGCCUCAGGUGCGGGUCCGGCGGAGGCGGUGGCGGAGGUUGCGACAAGCGGCGGCCUUCGGCCUGCCGCCGCGGGUGCCGACGUGGCAUCUGCUCCUAGGCAGCAGCAGCGACAGCGACAGCUGCAGCAGCCGUCGAGGCCGGAGCCGGAAGCUGUGGCCGUUGCUGUGGGCAGCUGUAGCAGGCCUGCUGCAAACGAGCCGCGGCCACAGCAGCAGACACGGCCGCCGCCGCGGAACACAAGGAAGCGAGCGGCCUCUGCAAACGCACACGCGGCUGCGGCUGCUGCUGCGGCUGCUGCUUAGCAAGCCCGCAUGGGUGGAUGUGCACGGGCGGCUGGCGCGGCGUCCCACCCGUUUGGCGGAGUUCGUGUCGUGCCCGGUGCUGCUGCUGCCAUGAACAAACACGUGGAGGCGGGCGUGGAUGGAGGAGCAUGCAGGUGGCAAAGCAUAGCCAACGAGGCGGACAGAGGGGGAGCAGGCGUUGAGAAUUGAAUCGGCGUGAUGACUUGCAUCGUUUUGAGUUGGAUGGGGCGUGGGCCCCAAUUGUCGCUUGAUGAACCGGGCGUGUGCGCGCAUAGCAAGUUGAAGGAAGGGGUUGGUCAUUGCGGAGACUGUAGCAAAGGCUGUGCUGUGGUAGAGGUUGUGAGAGGGGCUGUGGCUUGUGGGUCUUUGGCAGGUGUCAACACGUCGGCAGACACAGACACAGACGACGCACUGGUCUGUAGGGCGCGUGCGGAGGCCUUGGGCUUGCCAUAAUUGUGAGCAGGUGUGUGAGGUGAGGUGGUUUGUGCGUAGGAUGGCAAUGAGGUGACGUAUGCGGGGGGGGACUGUGGAGGCGAGCGGCGGCCUCGAUGCCUGCUUGCACACAGGAGCGGUCGUUUGGCGGGGUACCUACCGAUGUGUAACAAGAGGAUUGU